UUUCCCUCCCAGUCACUUAUUCACACCCUCAAUCACUGCUCAACAAGUGGUUCUGUGCGCUCCUAACUUUGGACAGAAAGCGCUGCGGCUGAAAACGUUCUCUUUUUUUCUCCCAGACAAAAAACUGCGCUGACUCAAACUGAAGGCGGUGAAAUGGUGAAAACUUUGUGACACGUGUUUUUUUCCUUCUUCUUCGAGUUGUUUCUUUUCUGGUCAGGCAAACGCGGCUGGCGUUGCCGGUUAGCAUGUGGCAAUAGGCUGCACCUGCGCCAGAUUAGCUUGACCUGAGGGAAAAACUUCGGACAAGUUUGAUUCUCGACUCUUUUCUUUCGUUUUUAAGCGUACAGUUAGGGUGAGUGCUUAGUCCUAUUUGGCGAAGAUGAUGUACAGCAUGAUGGAGCACGAGCUGAAGAGCACGGCGGUGCAGCAGAGCUCUCACCCCGGCGGGCAGGUGCUGCAGGCGGGCGGUGGAUGUGGGAACGGGCCGCCGCCGCACCAGCAGCAGCAGGCUCAGAAAAACUCCUGCCCUGACCCCAUGGAUAAAGUGAAGCGGCCCAUGAACGCCUUCAUGGUGUGGUCCCGGGGCCAGCGGCGGAAGAUGGCGCAGGAGAACCCCAAGAUGCACAACUCUGAGAUCAGCAAGCGCCUCGGCGCCGAGUGGAAGCUCCUGACUGACGCCGAGAAGCGGCCCUUCAUCGACGAGGCCAAGCGGCUGCGCGCCGUGCACAUGAAGGAGUAUCCGGACUACAAGUACAAACCGCGCCGCAAGACCAAGCCGCUGCUGAAGAAGGACGCGCCGCCCGGCAAGUACCCGCUGACGGCCGCGCAGGGCCAGGCGCUCAGCCCCAGGAUGGACGGGUACGGCUGGGCCCCCGCGGGAGGAUACACCGCGAUGCAGAGCGACGCGCUGGGAUACACACAGCAGCUCCACCGCUACGACCUCAGCGGACUGCAGUACCCCACUCACACCUACAUGAACGGCGCCAAUUCCUACAGUCCGAUGUCGUACAGCAGCAGUCCCCAGCAGCCCAGUCCGGUAAUGUCCAUGGUCAAACCAGAGCCCCUGCCCCACUCCCCCACUGGAGCCUCAAACCACCACCGCGGGGCCAUUCAGGGCGACCUCAGGGACAUGAUCAGCAUGUACAUCCCUGGAGGAGACGUAGGGGACCCUACGGCCCAGAGGGGUUACCCCAGUGUCCAGCAGCACUACCUGGGCAGUACUGUGCCCCUCACGCACAUUUAAGGUUGGGGGGGAAAAAUGACUGGGACUAGCUCAGCCGGAUCAUAACGUAGGCUUGUCAUGCAACAAGUAAUCUGUAUGGAUUCUUGAUGGAUGUUCUGAGCAGCCGUUGCACAUAGGAGCAUGUUCUACCUCUUUGAGUGAUCACACCCCAUUUUUUUUUCUUUUUUUUAAACUGUAGAUUCGUUCAGUUUGUUCAUUAACUCCCUCAAAUCUUGUGGUUUUUCCUUUUUGCCCUGAAUUUUACCCUUUUUUGCAGUUUACCGAUUCUUCCCAGAGGAGUUUCUCAGGAAAGAUAGGUAUGACGAGCCAGUCAUUCAUAAUAUUUGUGCUUGGACACAACAUUCAAAAAUUCAGUUCUCAUUGUAGGACGUUCCCCUUGUGUAUAUAUUAUCUCUCAGAACCUGACAAUGUGCCUUUGUGCUCCAUGCUUCAUUAACGGGGUUGAGGUCAUUCAUGCAGUAAUGGGCAAUCAAAAACCAAACUAGGGUAUAGAAAAGAGGACAUAGGCGCACUGAAAACAUGUCAGCCAAUUGCCAUCCUCAUAGCCAAGGAUAUACAAAUCAUGUGACCUUAUGGAGCAUGGCUAAACUAGUUUUGCUUUGUGAACCACUGUGCCCCCGAAAACUGGAAUAGCUUGGUUAACUAUAUGGUUGACUCAAUGUUGAACCAUUUUAGUGCCUUAUACCAGUAGUGAUUUACAUUUUCAGUAGUUGUGGGGUGGUGACAUUUGUAGAAAUAUUGGAAAUGUGGUCAUGAUAGCGUUGGAAGUUGGCACAGUUUAACUUCUUGUUGGAGUGACAUUUUAGAGAGAGCAAUCACAUAAUGGCUAUUGCCUUAUUGUACCAAAUUUUGAUCAUGGAGAGUACUUCCGCAGCACCCUUUUAAUAGAGUAGGCUAUGCAUUGGUUGCACAAAUGUACUAUCGGAAUAGCCUUGGAAAAUAUAACGUGCAAAAGGAAAUUCAUGCAUUUCAACAAAACUAAAAAGCAAUAGUUCUGCCUGUAUAAAUGUUUACCUUUCAGUGUGAGACUCUAGCACUAUGACUCCCCUGUAAUUGAUUUUUAAACCAAUCAAUGCACUGAUCUUUACCCUCUGGUCAAUACUAAGUAUUGCCUUAGACCGAGUUUCAAUACUGAGUCCAUUUGAAGGGACUCUCACCACUUAUUUGUGGGAUUUUAGAAAAGGAGGGUGUGUGUUUCAGAAUAACUUGUACGUCCGUUGGGCGAGUGAGAAGCCUGCUUACUGCUCGUAUAGCUAAUGCCAGAUUCAGCAGAACCCGAAUGCCAAAAGUGGUACGCAGGUGCUGCUAAGUGCAGAAAGAGCUGAAGUGUAUUGCCUUUUUUGGGUUGUUUUGAUGGUCUAACUCGAGUCUACAGUCAAGUCUAGCGUGUUUUUUCAGUUCUCAGUACAGUUUUAGUUUAGGAAUCUGCUAGUCACUAAUGAGUUAAGAAGUUUAAUGUUGUAAUUUAUAUAAAAGUAAUGAAAUGAGUGAAUGUUUACAUUUGCCAUCCAAGUGAGUGUUCAGCUUGCUGUUUUGAUGUAUUUGUGUUUUUAUUAAUGCUGUUUGUAAAUAGCCUUUGUACAGUUAAACUUUUUAUGGCCCUUAAGGGUCCUUUUUUUUCGUAAAACAAAAAUCUUA